AUGUUGAGCGCACACGAAACGUUCCCUGGUACCGAUAUAUACGGCCCAGGCACCUUUAUCGACAAGGAAGUCCUUCCCGUGCCCGAAGAUGCCCGCCGGAUAUUCGAAUUCUUGGCUUCUAGUACCCCCGGCUUUACACAGGACAAGGCAGCAUGGGACACUGUGAAGUUCGAAGGACAACCUAAGCCCAUGGUCCAAGGACCAAUCAAGUCGCCGGUAGUGGCAGCUGCGUUGCAUGCAAUGGCAGGCUUGGUUGGAAACGAGCUGCUGGAGCUUCGGGAUGGUACGAAGGUGAUUGACAACAAAGUCACAGUUGACACAGACCAUGCCGGGAUCUGGCUUGGUUCUGUAUUCACCACCUACAUCAAUGGCUCAGACGUUUCCGCACUGGCACGGUCAGGCAAAUUGGGCUCUCUGUUUGAAAAAGACAUGGAGCAGGGAUUCAGUGCAGGGAUUGCAGGCCGCACCACAGCGAUUUACCAAACAAAAGAUUUGAAAGUGUGGUACCAGCUCCACGGUUCCCUGGAUGCCAAAAGGACACUCGAGAGCAUGGGAAUCGAUACCAAUGUUUCUUUCGACACAGCACAGGGAUAUUAUGAUUACAUCCAGAGCCAUGUAAUUCAAUGGAGCCCCGAUGAGCUUGAGAUGCACAAUGUGCGCCAUGGCCUUUGUGGAAGCAUCUGCUACUCGCCGGAUGGGUGGAGAAAGACCGAAUUUGGACAACGAUUGGCGAAGCAUCCCCUGGUGAAUGUCACUGAGGAGACAUAUGCGAAGUCUACGCCAAAGGUUCCUUUGCCUAAAAACCUAUCUGAUCGUCGGCCGCUUGCUGGGAUUAAGGUACUGGAGAUGGUCCGGAUCAUCGCUGGUCCUCAAGCAGGUGUUGCGCUAUCGUCAUACGGAGCCGAUGUGAUUCGGGUUAACUGUAGCCGAUUGGCUGAUUUAAACGCAUUGCAACUCACGCUCAACGCUGGAAAGCGGACAAUCGAUCUUGAUAUCACAAAGCCCGAGGAUAUCGCACGUUUACAGGAGCUAGUUGCAGAUGUUGAUAUCUUUGUUCAAGGUUUCCGCUGGGGAUCGCUCGGUCGCAAGGGGCUUGGGCUCUAUGAUCUUCUAAAGGUGGCAGCCGAGAGAAACAAGGGAAUCAUCUAUGUGGACGAGAACUGCUACGGACCAGAUGGUCUUUUUGCUGAGCGGCCUGGUUGGCAACAAAUUGGAGAUGCGGCAUCUGGAAGCUCAUAUGUCAUGGGCCGAUCGCAGGGCCAUGAUGAGGGAAAGAGUGUGCUGCCACCUCUUCCUGUUUCGGAUAUGAUCACUGGCAUCGUGGGAGCACUUGGUGCGAUGAUUGCAGUCCGAGACCGUGCUGUCAAGGGGGGUUCGUAUCAUGUUUCGACGUCACUGGUGGCUGCGGAUACCAUUUCUCUCGAGAAAGAAGUCGGCUUGUAUCCUCCUGAAGUCGUCAAGCAGACAGCUGAACGUUUCGGCUUUCCUCCAAUUACGCCGGACCAGUUUGUUUCAGAGGUCCUGAUCUCGGUGAUUGAUGGCUGGAAGAGGGGACUCCCGGGUUAUUUGGAUGAAGAUUCGAAGCUUAUGAUGACAUUUGAAGAUGGCUAUUGGGGACGCCAGUCGCUUUUGAAGCCCGUCGCAAGAUUAGGCAUUGAUGAGGCGACACCCACCUGGACCUCUGCACCGGUGCCAAACUGCCACCAUGAGCGGGGGAUCAGCUGGGCGUGA